UUGGACAUGUUCGAUUGGCUCCAGGACUCGUAGGUUGGUUUUCUCGGGCUUGGCUCUUUCAUGUCUCUCUGAUCUUUUUCUCUCUCUCUCCGUCUGUUCGGGAGUUGCGAUCAACAUUAAACAAGAGAAGUAGUUCUCGAGUGACGGAAUGGAAGCGGCCCCGCUUAAGAAACUCGCUGAGUUUAAACUCGACCUCGGUCCUCUUAAAGAGCCGCUCGGAUUUAUCAAAGUCUUGGAAUGGAUUUUUGCUGUGUUUGCAUUUGCCACGUGCGGUGGUUAUUCAGGAGAGAGCGAGGCUUCUGUUAAAUGUGUGCAUGACAAGGAGCAGCUGAUCUCUAUCCAUUUCGGCUAUCCUUUCAGGUUAAACAGAAUUUCUUACCAAGUACUCACCUGCAGUAAUGCUACUGUUUAUGAUACCUUGUAUCUGAAUGGAGACUUCUCCUCAUCUUCGGAAUUCUUUGUUACGAUUGGAGUGUUUGCAUUCCUAUACUGCAUGGCUGCUCUAUUGCUCUAUGUAGGAUAUCAAAACUUCUACCAGCAGAAUAAAUAUCUGCCACUUGCUGAUUUUGUUGUGACUGCAUUGUUUGCAUUCUUAUGGCUGGUCUGCUCCUCUGCUUGGGCACAAGGUCUGGCUGAUGUUAAGCAUGCUACGAAUCCAUCUGUUUUCAUCGUCAAUGUAGAUACCUGCCAGAGGCGGGAUGUUGUCUGCACUCCAGGUGCUUUGCCCCCCAUGGGUCGCCUUAAUGCAUCUGUGAUAUUUGGCUUCAUGAACUUCAUUUUAUGGUCGGGUAACAGCUGGUUCACAUACAAGGAAACGUCCUGGCACAAGCCAAGAAACCCACAGGGUGAAGCUGAGCAAGGCAGCAAAGUACAAUACUGAUGUAAUCUUGCUCUUCCACCCCCAUCCUCGCCCCUCAAAAACCAGCUUGUGCAAAUGCCUUGGGUUAGUGUCAGGCCACACAUGAACCUUCUAACCACCCAACACAUUUGGGGAGGAAUGGCUGUUGUAUAGAAGAAAGGGGGCUGGAAGGGAGUCACUUUGAGCCAUGACUAUCCAAUUCUGCACCACAAACCAUGCCACAACCCAUUCUCUCCCAUCCCCUUAUUAACUAAAAAGCAAUCCCUGGACUCUAACCCAUCUCUUCACUUCUUCUGAUGGGUUGUAUAUAGAGUACAUAUUUUGUGUUCAUAUGGUGCCAAGUAAUUUAGCUCAUGGUAUCCGUUUAGUUGUCUACAUUCUGGGCCUUAACUCUAGUUUCAAUGUUAAUUCAUAAGAAAGCUUUGGGAGCUGCUCAAGGUCUUGGCCUCAAGUAUUGCUCCCCAGUUCAGAGUUUGUUUUUAAAAUGUUAAACCCAAAACCAUGCACAUAGCCUUCAUCCUGUCCCCUUCCUGGUAAUCCUUGGUAAUGGUAUCAUUUUUAAAAAUGAUGUCAUCCACACUUACUAAAAGUAAAUGCUACAGGAGCAUUUCUCAGUAACACAACCACAGUAAUGCUGGAGCUCUUCCCAUUUUCAGGAAUUCUUCCUCUUCUAACUCUCUUCACACAGUUCUUGCUUGUAAGGAGUUUGGAUCCUGAUGUGUUACUGAUGUUUUGACAGUUAUAAAAAAUUAUGCAUAUUCCUCAAUGCAGAAACAUUCUUCAGAAAUUUUUGCUGAGGUUGGGUGUAGGUUGGUGGCUGGGCAUUUUAUAUUUAUCUGUGGGCUUUGCUGGGGUUUUCAUCCUUGUCAAUCACUUAAAAUGCAAGCCCUACCCCUUCAUGUUGAGACCAAUCCCCAUUCCUCCCAGAUAAAGUUGCACAGAUUCUCAGACACAGUUCCUGUUUUGUCCACUCUUCAUUUUUUUAAAUUGUUCUUGAUAUGAUUGAACAUGUAAUUUUCUUUUCCCCUCUCUAAUACCACCAUCCUAUUUGCCCUUCACUCUAUCCCUGCCUUAGUAUCACCACUAAGGAUUGCUGGAGCAAGGACUUGAGGGUCCGAACAACAUAAUCUGGAACUGUGGAUUGCCCACACUGAACCAUUCUAUUUCCUACAUCAGCCAUCUUCCUAGUCUAUAGUAAUGUGUGUUCUGUGGAGGUUAGCUCAGCAGCUGAAAUGUUCGCAUGUUUUAGAAAGGUUUUAAACCUUUUCCAGCUGGGGUAAAUUCCAAUCCAGUUUCCAGAAAUGUCUGUUUAUUGUGCUUGAUCCAAUCUGGUUAUUGGCAGAAAGGGAGCUUGUGGGUGGUGAUGUGGAAGGGAAUGGAGGGAAAGCAUUGGCUGGGAGAUGGUGUCAUUUCUGUUUCCAUUCUCUCAUCUGCCAGCAAUACUGUGCUGAGCUGUUGGUUUUUGUGGACAUCACUACAACAAUAGAGGCUCCUGCUUGGAUAACUCUUACUGGAAAACUUUGAAUGGGGAUGAAGGGGUUGGUUGUAGGCUUGGGAAUAUCUGGUGGUGUUCGGCAUUAAUUUGGGGAAUGCACGCAUUGGGGGUGAGAUGAAGGGUAAUCAGCAAAACGGUAUCUGGUGUAUGCUGGGAAGGGUUAGGUUGAAGGAAGUGUAUGCAUGAAGGCUUGGGGUGCUAUUCACAAUUGUUUGCGUUAAUUUGCUGCUUUUCUCCAGAUUCACUCCAACUUUGUUGUGAUCUACAAGUGCAUGUUCUACAAAAAGACCUGGUUUACAAAACAUUCUAAAAUUUUGGAAACUAAUCCAGGCUGAGAAGAAGGGCACGCCCAUGUAACAAGCGUUAGUGCCUUGUCAUAUUCCCACUAAUCAGGUGUGCAAGCAGCUUCCUGUGAUGUCAGUAAACUGACAACGUUUGAGGAAAAUGUAGCCUUGCAAAGGCUUGAAAUUUUGUGAUUGAAAUAAAAUGCAAGUGCUGGCUCCUGUUAUGCUUCUGUCCUUGCUUGUUGCGUGGAAGGAGGCUGAAAGGAGAAGGAUUGUACAACCUUGAGUCUCCCAAGCCUGGGUCAAGUUCAUGAUGACCCUGUCAACUGCUGCUUGUGCCAUUUUCCCUUCCACUGCUGAGCAGCUUUGGCAGAUUAGCCCUGUAGGUCUGACAAUCAGUGCUGGAACAGAUGAGGCUGUAACUGGUGGGAAAGACUCUGUAGGAGGCAGAGCUCUUUUCUUUGGAAAUCGGAAAACUCAGCGAUGAUCUGAUAAAGGCAUGAAAAUUAUGGAGGUGGUUGGUAAAACGGGUAGAGAUUUGGCACUAAUGGGAAGUCUGAAGAUGGGGACAAUAAGAUAAUUAUAAAAGAUCCAAUCGAGAAAUGUGAUCAAGGUGGUCUGUCCAUCAAAUACGCAGAGUGUAAUUAGUACCUCAGUGCUAUGGAUGAUGGCCUGUGGCAUUGGUUCAUUUAUCCUGCCAAUGGACUGGGAGAAUUUUGUGGAGAUUUGUUGGCAGUUUUUCUGUAAUGCUUUGUGCCUACUGUAAGUACUUUGUGUUUUCAGAGUACAGGAGGGCAAGGAUCACUAGUCUAUAGACCAGAAGUUUUGUCAGAUUUGACAUCAUGAUCUUCAAACACUCUUUUCCUCAAGUGACCAAAGACUGUGCUGUUACACUGAAAGCAAUGGUGAAUGUCAUCUUUAAGAUUUGUCUCCUUUUGAGAGGUGACUUCCAAGAUAUGGGAGCCAGUUCAUGUAUUCCACGGUUUGCUGAAGAUCUAUUAUUGGAUGCUAUGUUGUACA